AUGCCGGGACUUUAUGCGAACUUGACCCGGUCGCUAUGGAAGAACGAUAUUGAGGUCAUCAUGCCGACCUCGUUCCGGAACUUCUGUGGACGCUUGAAUCGAGAAUGGGCCAUUGACCGGCAGCAAGAUGCCAAAGAAUUCUUCGAUUUUGUGGUAGAUUGCCUCCACGAGGACCUCAAUAUCAACUGGCAGCGAACGCCGCUUCGACCUCUGACCUUCUCGGAGGAGAUGCAACGAGAGCGAAUGCCAAUGACCAAGGUUUCCCGAAUUGAAUGGGACCGCUAUUGCCACCGAGAGGAGUCUUUUAUCUCGUCACUAUUCGCGGGACAACAUGCUAGUCGACUGCGUUGCACGACCUGCCAUCAAACCUCCACUACCUACGAGGCCUUCUACAGUAUCAGCGUUGAAAUUCCACCCACAGGUGCCGGUGAUAUCUAUCAAUGUCUUCGUAGCUACUGCAAGGAGGAGAUGCUGAGCGGUGACGAGGUCUGGAAGUGCCCACACUGUAAAUGCAAGCGAAUGGCAACCAAGCAGAUCAUCAUCACGCGGGCGCCCCAGAUUCUCGUCGUCCACUUCAAGCGCUUUUCUGCAUCCAAGACCCAAAGCGCACGGAAGAUCCACACCCCCGUCGAAUUCCCGCUUCACGGUCUACGGAUGGACGAUUUUGUGAUUUCUCACCCCCCCCCUCCGCCUCCGGAGCCCGGCAUGCCGCCCACCACCGGGGCCACGGUCCCACCGUUUACCUACGAUGCCUUUGCUGUGCUGCGGCAUCUUGGGUCUUCGAUGGGCAGCGGACACUACAUCUCGUUGGUCCGCGAUGCGGAGCGGCAAUGCUGGCGGAAGUUCGAUGAUGAUCGGGCCACGGAUUUCAAUCCGCGGGAGCUUCGAACGCGGGACCGGUUACAGAACGAGCAGGCGUACAUUGUGUUUUAUGAAAGAGUUCCAGCGAAAUGA